GUGUUUGGGGAGGGGUUGAUGACGCAUUGAAAAAGAACGCUGUCAGUGGGCUCGCCCUGCAGUUCCUGCGUGUCCGUGUUCCCCGCAGUCCGUGAUCGUCUCUGCCUCCGUCUGUCCUCAGCUGAAGCUUCUAUCGACGCCAAAAUGUUUCUGUUGAAAGGAGUGAUCGGGAGCGUCAUCAAAUCUGUGACCGACAUCGACCCGUCUCAGUUCAUGCCGUCAGACCCUCCUCCUCCCCGCAGACCUCUGAAUUUGGCUGGGGCCAAUGAGAGCGAAGAGGAGAAACAGUUUCGGAGGGUUUUCCAACAGCUGGCUGGAGAUGACAUGGAGGUGAGCCCCAAUGAACUGAUGAACAUCUUGAAUAAAGUGGUCUGCAAACAUGGGAAGCUGAAGACCGACGGCUUCAGCGCUGAGUCCUGCAGGAGUAUGGUUGCUGUGAUGGAUAGUGACAGCACAGGAAAACUGGGCUUCCAUGAGUUCAAGUACCUCUGGAAUAACAUCAAGAGAUGGCAGGCCAUCUACGUUAACUAUGACGCCGAUCACUCAGGUGUGAUCAGCGCUAGCGAGCUGCCUGGUGCCUUCAAGGCUGCAGGCUUCCCACUGAAUGACCAGCUCUACAAGAUGAUUAUCCGUCGCUAUAGUGAUGACAACGGCGACAUGGACUUUGACAAUUUCAUUGGCUGCCUGGUGCGACUGGACGCCAUGUGCAGAGCGUUCAAGACGCUGGAUAAGGACAACAGCGGCACCAUCGAUCUGGACAUCAAGGAGUGGCUUCAGCUGACGAUGUAUUCGUGAGGCGAUGGAGGGAAGCCUCUCCACAGCUUCUGUUCUCACCUCUCACACCUCGCACCUUCUCCUUCCUCUCACUCAACCCGCAAUGCGCAGUUAUCAUCUUCAUCUCUGUAACGGGACCAAAACGCCGGCACUGAGCAGACACGAAGGGAAAGCUCGUGCUGCCGUUGCACUCUCCGGCGCUACGUGUGUUAAAGAUUUCUGUUCUCUUGUCUCUACAUGAAUUUUAUUAGGCUGAAAGUUUGAUGAAACUGAGUCUGAAUGUUUGAAAGAAUAAACUGACACAGCUGAUGCUA